AGAACCCAAUUAGUGGAUUUGCUAUUUAAGGAAGAGAGGCAAAUCACCAAAACCAUAUAGAAAAAACUGUCUCAAAAGAACAAAAAAAACAUUCAUUUCCCUCCAACAUGAAAAGAAGUCCCUCCAACACUAAAUCUCUUUCUCCUUCAUGGGAGAAUGAAGAAGAAACUACAAAUGCACAAUUUUCUUCAAAACCCUCUUUGGAGAAGAAGCUCAAACUAUUUGGUUUCGAGCUAAACACUAGCGAAAAUGGCGAGCAAAUGAUUGACCUCAAAAGGUCUACAGAAAAUGAUGAAAGCGUGAAUUCAUCAUCCUCCACAAUUUCAUCAGGAAAAGAUCAACAAAUCCAUCCCUUGGAGGAAAGAGGACCAACUCCCGAAGUCAUGAGUAGCGAUGAUCAAGACAAGAACAAGUUCGAGUGCCAAUAUUGUUUCAAACGAUUCGCGAAUUCGCAAGCAUUAGGAGGCCAUCAGAACGCUCACAAGAAAGAGAGGAUGAGGAAGAAGAGGUUGCAACUUCAAGCAAGAAAAGCCAGCUUAAGCUAUUAUCUUCAACCUUUCCAAAACGCGAACGAUGUCAGCUACUAUGGCGGCGGUUCAUUAUCUCAGUUCUUUUACGAACCUUCAAUAUUUUCUUCACCCGAAUUCACAAUCUCCGAUGAAUCUCAGAUUAGUUUCGGCACCCCAAACGAUGAUCGUCGAGAAGGUUCCGGCCAUUUUUCAAGGUCUUGGUAUGCCCUACCAGCAACAUCCAAUCAUGCACCUUUAUUUCAACAAGAGUUAAUAACAUCACCAUCAUCCUGUAAAUUUACUCUUACCCACGCGGAAAAAUCAAGGGAGAUGAACAAACCCGUGAUUAAGCCAGCUUCUGAUUAUAGAUCCGUUGAUCUUCAGCUAGGUUUAAGCUUGCAUUGAUUCCUAAAUCAAUUUAGUUAUUAGAAUAUAUACAAUUAAAAAUAUAGUAUAAUUCUGUCUAUCCUCCUAAUUAAUUCACAGCUUGAGGAACUGUACUCUAUACAUGUUUAAUUAAUUAUAUCAUAAAAAUAGAUUUAUUAAUUUGAAUUUAAUUGUGUGAUUUUAUUUUUAUUUUUUUACGUGGU